CAGUUACUAGAAUCCGAAGUGGUCGUCACAUGACCACACAUGACGGCAACGGGUGUGCGUGAUCUUUUCAUGUGGGGAUCGAAGAUUCGUUAGGCAAAAGGCGAAAGCACUACCGGGCUUCUUGGUUUCUUCCCGAAUUAUAACCGUGCUUGAUUAAGGGAUCGCGGGACAUUGCCUAUAUCACGUUGUGCGAACGGUGAAGCUUCUAUCACGAUGCCUGUGUCACAGAAAUACGUCACGGGUCUCACAUUUGGGUGUAUUCUUUCGGCAGCGUCAAUUAUUUUCAUUUUAUAUUACCUAUUAACUGGCAAGGGAGAACAGAUCAGUGUGGGAUGGAUCUUAUCGAAUGUCUCUCCAUAUAUGUUCUGCACCUUGGGUAUAGGUCUAGCUGUAUCUCUGUCAGUUGUAGGUGCUGCAUUAGGUAUCCAUACAACUGGAGUAUCAAUUGUCGGUGGUGGCGUGAAGGCACCUAGAAUUAAGACGAAAAAUUUAAUCUCUGUAAUAUUCUGUGAAGCUGUGGCUAUCUAUGGUUUGAUCACUGCCAUUGUUCUAUCUGGAAUGCUUGAUAAGUUCACUGUAGAGAAGACUAUAGAAAAUGAAGAGAUCAUAAAUCAAAACUUUUUGUCUGGAUACUUGAUGUUUGGAUACUUGAUGUUUGGCGCUGGUUUCGCCGUUGGUCUUGUUAAUCUUUUCUGUGGCAUAGCAGUCGGCAUCGUUGGCUCCGGUGCUGCUCUCGCCGAUGCAGCUAAUUCUGCACUUUUCGUAAAGAUCCUUAUAGUCGAGAUUUUUGGUUCUGCCAUAGGACUCUUUGGUCUGAUUGUUGGUAUUUAUAUGACAUCCAAAGUGAAGAUGGGUGACAAGUUAUCAUAAAUCACAAGAGAAUAAGCCAUUGAGUAUUAUAGGGAUCACAAUAUUCCAUUCCAUAUUAAUCAUCAAUAAAAAAGGAAUGACUGUAUAAAACUACGAAAUAAUUGUGAAAUCAGAAUUUUCUAAAUACCAAUGUAUGAAAUUGGUAUAUUAUUGUUUGUUUGCGUAUAUUGAUAUAUAUGAUUCCAAAUGACAUCAUCUAACAUCCACAUUCUGGGUCUAUAAUUGUUUGUUACAUUAUUUGGACAUAUUUUAUAUUUCUUUUGAAACAUAAAAGCGGCUAACAAGAUUAAGAGCCUAUCCAGACAAACUUGCAUAACUGAAUAACCAUAUGCAUAAAGAAAUUGGUCCAUUUCCUUAUAUAUGUAAUAAUGGACUAAUGAAUUUCUCUAUGAAUAUGGUUAUACAGUUAUGCAAAUUGGAUAGACCUUAUAAAUGUAAAAAGUAAUAGGCUAUAGUUUUUAUGAAUACUAGCAAUUUUGGCUUAAUAUUUUGAGUUCGUUAUAGCGCUCGCUUUUGCAUAAGUUAACUGUAUAUAUUAUUAAGUAAAGUGUAUAAUACAAAAUAUAAUAAUUUAUCCUGUAUAUUUUAAUUAUAUAUUUAAUCACUAAUUAACGGGAAAAUAGUAUAUUAAAAAAAUUAGCACAUUGUAAAUCCUUUAAUAAAAAGUAUAUUAAAAAUAUUUAACAAUUUAUGUAAAAAUUUCUGAUCAGAGGUUGUAGUCGUGAUUAUUGAUAUUCUCCGUUUAAAAAUUUAUAAAAAGGAGACUUACACCUCUGACAAGAAUAACAUGAUUAUAAACAUUCUUGUAAAUGUACAAUAUUACGUAGCUAUCAGUGAUCUCGAUAAGAAUAUAUUCAAGUAAAGAUGUAACCAAUUAUAUCUAGCAAAUUACAUAAGCAUAAUUCUUGUAUUAUGUGUGUAAUACAUCAUGGAUGCUCUUGAA